ACUCCGUGAAGAAUCUUUUAAACUGCCGCCAAAGUGCUGUUCAAGGGGGAAGGGGGAUUCCUGAGCAAGGCGUGUGAGAGGGAGCGGGCCGCCGAGGCUGGGCAGGGUCACGUCACGCUGAUGUCAGUGCACAGACUCGGCGAGUUCGGGAGCUCCGCUCAGUGUGUGGAUGCGCCCCGUCGCCGAAGCUCGCCUGCCCCGUGUUUCUGCGUGCGUGCUUCCCCACAGCAGCGAGUGCAUUGGCAGUAGACGCUGCAUCCUUGAAUGCGUCUACAACCUCAGAUUAACAGAAGAUUCUGCAGAUGCUGACAAUCCAGAACAACAAAAUGCUGGAGGAACUCAGCAGGCUAGGCAGUUUCUCUGAAAAGGAAUGAGCAGUCGAUCUAAAAGAUCCAAACCUUUUUUUUUAAUGCCAUGGACCCCAGGUACGAGACAAGUCCUGAGCUCUGGUCGAACAACAGCCCAAGCUGGAGACGAUGCUGAUCUCGCCACUGUGUGCUUUGGUGGUUGCUCUUCUUCCAGUGACGGUUGCCGCCGCAGUGCCAGCGGGUUGCCCCGCCACCCUCGACCCCCUUUACUUCAACCUCUGUGACCUGUCGGCUGUCUGGGGGAUCGUGCUGCAGGCGGUAGCCAGCGCCGGCAUUCUGAGUUGCUUCGUGCUGGCACUCGUUUUGGUAGCGAGCAUACCCUUCAUUCAAGAUGGCAAGAAGAAGAGUGCUGUGGGCGUCCAGCUUUUUUUCACUUUUGGCACCUUUGGGCUCUUCUGCCUGGAUUUUGAUUUCAUCGUCAGCGAGGACUUUGCAACCUGCGCGUCCAGAAGGUUCCUAUUUGGGGUGCUCUUCGGCAUCUGUUUUUCAUGCUUGUUGGCACAUGCUUUCAGACUUAAUUUCCUCGUCAGGAAAAACGACGGUCCCAAAGCGUGGUAUGUCUUUCUCUUGGCUCUUUCUCUUGCCCUUGUGGAAGUGAUAAUUAACACUGAGUGGUUAAUAAUUACCAUUGUACGAAACAACAGUACCCACCCUGUGCCACUUGGAGACCCUUGCAAUAUUGCUGAAAUGGACUUUGUCAUGGCUUUAAUUUAUAUCAUGUGCCUAAUGGUGGUCACAUUUGGCCUGGCUAUGGCCUCUCAAUGUGGUCAUUUCAAACACUGGAAGAAACACGGCAUUUUUAUCCUGGUCACGAUUAGUUUCUCCAUCGCCAUUUGGAUUGCCUGGAUUGUGAUGUACGUUUACGGGAACGAGAAAGUGGGAAGCCGGCGCUGGAAAGACCCGACCAUCUCCAUCGCUUUGGUUGCCAAUGCCUGGGUGUUUGUCUUUCUUUACAUCAUCCCCGAGAUCUGCCACCUGACGAAGGCUAGCAUGGAGCAGAAUUAUGUCGAAGAGGUCUAUCCUACAAGAGGCGUAGGCUAUGAGACCAUCUUGAAAGAGCAGCAAGCCCAGCACAUGUACAUAGAAAACAAGGCCUUCUCGAUGGAUGAACCCAACGCAGCAAACAAGUCCAAGUCUCCUUAUAGCGGCUACUCUGGUUACAAUGGACAGCUUCGCAACAGUGUUUAUCAACCGACUGAGAUGGCGCUAAUGAACAAGCCCAGUCCAUUGGAAAAUCCCUAUGACCAUUACAUCCCGAGGGUCACCAUCAGUCAGUCGGCAUUUUCCAGUAAUGCUUCCACUCUCCGUGCGGAGGAUGCGUUUACAGCUGAGAAUCGUCAGACAGCCCAGCAAGAGGGCAGCAGUGGACAGACAUUUUAAAGUCUGCGCGCCUGGCCACAGAGGGAUCAACAAAAAGUCAAUUUGCGAUCUGGAAAAUCUGUGGUGAAAGGAAUCUCUCAGUUGACAAGAACCAAACACUGAAGCUUCAGGCCUUUUCUGAUUACUUUUCUUUUCAUGCUGUACUGGCAACCAUUGGACAGGACCUAACCUGAAGAUCAAGCUGAUUGGAUACUGUAACUGGCUGAUGGGAACCCAUGAGCGGCAUGAUUUUGACUUUCCUUAAAAACUUGCAGUAAGAUCAUUCCAGUAGAUUGACAAGUGGGCAGAACUUUUGCUGUGUGUUCCCUCUUCAAGACGCUUUAUGGAUUCAGUCCGGGAAACUUCCAAAUCCAACCUGCCUGUGAUCAAGCAGUCAGUGGAACACCAGCAUCUCCACUGGAAGUGGAACUCAUUCAGUAGACUACUUGAUUCUGAAACAAUGUGUGUUCAAGUCUCACUCCAGACUCUAGUCUGACACACUGUGGAAAGCUUCGCCAUUUUAGUUGCUGAGACGUUCUGACUCACUUAACAUCUCAAGGGUUGUGAAGUAUCUCAAGGCACUGUCUCAAAGAAGAACAUGCGAGCAAACUCGGGGUGCUCUGCCCAAUUCCUCAAUCAGAGUACCUGAGAGAACAUGCGAGCAAACUCGAGGUGCUCUACCCAAUUCCUCAAUCAGAGUACCUGAGAGAACAUGCGAGCAAACUCGGGGUGCUCUACCCAAUUCCUCAAUCAGAGUACCUGGAAAAACUGGUCACCUGAUCAACAAUGGUGGGAGCAGUCAGUGUUUUCUACCGUACUACACUCCAAAGGGUAUUUGUUGGUUGUAGAGCACUUUGGAUUCUCUUGGGGCUUUUAAGAAGGUGCUAUAUAGAUGUACACCUUUCUUGCAUUUCCUGGUUUCUUUCAUUUCGGUUUCAUAACUGUGCAACUCGCUACAUCAUGACACUGGCCACCAGGAGACUGUGUGGUCUGAGAAGCAACUCCACCUCUUGGGGGUUUUUGUGAGCAAGGGUAAUAAGUUUCCUACAAAAAAUGUUCAAGUGAAGUGAAGGGCAUCGGCCAUGAAGGUGACUUUUACUUGCCUGGCUCUACACCUUGUCCAUUUGCUGAAGGUAGCUAUUCAUUUUGCCCUCCAACUGAAGAUAUUCAGCCAAAGAGCGCUGGAAAAGCAUUGCAAGAGACUAAACCAGUUAAACCUAAAUCGGCAAUGGGAAGCACAAAGGCCAGAUACACACAAUUUGUUUGGUAUCUUAAAAUGAUUAUGAUAAGCUACUUUAUCAGAACAUAGUAGGUUAUGAGUUCUCUCACAUUGCUUACGAGAUAAAAUGAUGUAUAUUAAAUCAUCCUAAAGAUAAUGGCCAAAGGGCAUUUUUUGGAACAUCACACAUGUUGUAAAGUAACAGUGCCAUAUCAGUGGGAGGUUGAUCGGUGUUGAAGUCAUGCUGGUAUGCUGUACCUUUGUGCACGUACACAGUCUGAUACCUUUUACAGGUGGGACUAAAGCACAACCAUUCACAAUAUCAAAAUAUACUGUUGCACAAGGAGUUGGAAUGGAAAUUAAUCUAUGUUCCUUUUUCCAGAGUGCUUACUGGAAAAGGCAACAUUUAAUUCUGUCGGCAAAAAUAAAAGACGAAGUGUCUUUCCAUUAUGGGGACAAGUGUUGAUCGAGUGAACCAAGCUGUCUAAAAGUCUGCCUACGACUGCUGAGCCUGCAGAAUCUAAAAUCUGUAAUUAUGGUGUUCCUAUUUUUCUCCCCACCUGUACAGUAAACUGCUAAACUUUGUACCCCUGUUGUGAACAGAUUACAAAGGAUUGUUCUGUUUUUUUUUUCCUUUUUGGCUCCCCCGAUGCAUGUGUUUGCAAAGAGGGGUUAACCUGUGACCUGGGUUCCUCUAGGGUUGGCCGCUGAUUAGUAGAUGCAUGAGAUACAUUUCUACCUAGAUGAGUUUCAGAAUAUCCUGACACCAGCCUUGAUGGACCAGAUGGCUGUCUUUGGCCCUCUCCGUUUGUGAUCAGAACACAAUGGGGUUUACUCAUCAAUUACUGAACCCUGAUACUUCCAGCAUUGUGUUCAGGUUAGUGACCAUGUCUAGGUUUCAGUCUCACCACCAGCUUGUGUAGAGGUAAAUAAGAACAUAGAAUAGAGCACAGUACAGGCCCUUCAGCCCACAAUGCUGUGCUGACCUUUUAACCUACUCUAGGAUCAACCCUUCCCCCUUGCUCAGCCCUCUAUUUUUCUAUGAUCCAUGUGCCUACGUAAGAAUCUCUGAAAUGUCAUUAAUGUAUGUACAACCACCCCUGGCUGGGGGGGGGGGGGGGGGGGUGGCAUGCACCCUCAAUUCUGUUUUUUUUAAAAAAACAACUUGCAUCUGACAUCCUCUCCCUAUAUUUUCCUCCAAUCAUCUUAAAAUUGUGUCUUUGGAUGUCCAUUCAAUUUUUUUUUUAAAGAAAUCUCUGGAUGUCCAAUCGAUCCAAGCAUCUGGUUUUGCCCUAAAGAGCUCCUGGUUUUCCUGUCUUCCAUGUAGAGGACUGUUGGCAUGCAAGUGCUAUUGGACUCCAAAUAAUUCUCCAUUGGUGUUUGACCCUUUGCCAUUGAACACUCCAUGGUGUUAUUAUUUUUUGAUUCAUUAUCACAUUAAGGAAAGCAACAGAGCAUUCAUUAAUUUUAGAAAUUGCUGCCCUAAUGUCACUGUCAAUCCUAUAAAGUGUCUUUUGUAUUUUCAUCCCCAUGUGUAAAUGCUUUUAAGAAUCAUCAGACUUUAGAUAAAGUCUUUAUUCUGGAACCCAAAUGUUAAUCGCCAGCCUGCCAAAGUGACUAUUAUAUCAGUUUAUGGUCUUGCCUCCCUGACCUUCUCAGGAGUGUAAGUUUUACUGUCCCUGAAGCCCUCCAUUUUCUGAGCACCACAAUGAUCUUCUGACCGGGCAACCUUUCACUUGGGUCUCUAGCAGAAAAUUAGUACAUGGUGAUUGACCAUGUACGUCAAGAGAUUAAUUGUCCUCCCCGUUGUCAUGGGGAUGGGGAGAGAUUCAUCCAGUUGCAUGUGACUCCAGGCCGGGUGAUUUAAACAAGAAUUAAUAUAAGGAAUGUAUAAGUUGCACCAGGAGAGGUGUGUUGAGAGGGGUUUUUAACCCCUGCAUCACAUUAAGGAACAGAAUUGUACAGCCGUUGACAUAAUUUUAACAUGAUUAAAGGGGGGGGGGGCAGUGGAUAUCAGAGACAAGUUCUUCACAAGAAGAGUACUAAGUGCCCUGCCAGAGACGGUGGGAGGCAGAUACACUAGGGAGAUUAGGGAGCCCUCCAUGUUUCUAUCAUGCAUUUGCCCAUGUAGGAGGGAAGGUUGGCACAGUAUUGUGACCUGAGGAGUCUGCACUGUGCUGUAAUGUUCUGUGUUGUAAUUUAGAUUUACCAUUUUCUGCAAAGAAGGAGAAUACCUGGUAGUUUUUUUUUUAAAGCCUGGAGUUUGCCAAUUACUACUUAUUUUUCUUUUCCGUAAAUUCUGAAAUUGGUCUAAUAAUUGAAAGCUGUAAGAGCUUCAGUAAUUAAGUCCUCUGCUCGCCAAAGACUGGACCCUUGAAGCAGAUGAAUUGCAUAUUACGUAUUUUGAAGAUGUUUUAUCCUUCGUGCAAUGUCACUAUUUUUGACAACAAAUUUAGUUGUAAAUCAGCAUAUAUGACAUUUCAAUAUUGAAAUAGCAGCUGUGUGUCUUGUGUAUAUUUGUUUAAAUCAGACCAAUUUGUAUCUUACUCAGAUGCAUGAAUAGUUGACUUGAACCAGACAGCCCAUUGCUGCUCUUUUGCAUUUAUUUUGCAAGUGUUAUCGCACACAAGUUUGACUUCCAAGUGGGAUUGAUCUGUGCAGGAGACUGCGGUUCUGAAAAUAAAAUAUUGCAGAUGCUGGAAAUCAGAAACCAGGUCAAGAAGUGCUCAGUGUGGAAGGGUUGGGGUAGGGCGAAUGAGGUAAAGUUUCAGGCAAUGGACUGAAUCAGCUAAGCUGGACUUGCCCCAGUCCCGAUUAGAGGCUGUUGACUUGAGAUAUGGACUGUCUCUUUCUGCCCAGAUACUUCCUGACCUGUGUUUUUGAAGCAUUUUCUUUCUGAAGUUUUAAUUUUCUGUUCAGCUGGUGAUGGUGGUGGGGGGCUUCACUUUUACAGCAUGAACAGUGGAGCGUUGUACUGAGAGAAACCGACUGUAAUGUGAAUUCACUGGUCUAUACACUGAGCUGCUUUGGAGGGGAAUGACACUCAGUUCACUGUCAUCAGGGCCCUUCUCUUUCAACUCCUUUUGAGGAAAACUAAAUCGAAGUAGUCCUCCCCCCCCCCUCCCCCAUAGCUAUGAUGUUGGGGGGUGGAGGACAGCAUACUGGAAGAACAGCAGGCUGAAAUCCAUUUUGUGUCUUGCAACCACACAAAAUGGUGGAGGAGUUCACCAGGUCAGGCAGCAUCUAUGGAAGGGAACAAACAAUUGACCUUUGGGCUGAGACCAUCAGAACUAGAUGGGAAGGAGCCAGAGCAAUAAUGGUGGGGGGGGGGGGGCGGUGGUGUGGAGCAUAGGGGAAGGAGUACAAGCUGGAAACAGGCCUGUUGACAGAGAAGAUGGGUACUUGCAUGUUGUAGUCUUUAGAUCUUUCAAAAAGUCCAGUCCUGUUCUCCCAAUCAAAGCUCCACUUACCUAGUGGUCCUGCAUUAAGGAGUUGCUUUCUAAUCGAGAUUGUUGGAAGUACCAAUUGUCCAUUUUCUGGAAGUAUUUCUAUCUGGAUUUGCUGAACCUGAAGCAGGAACUCAGCAGGUUAGGCAGAAUAAACAGCCGAUGUUUCAGGCUGAGACCCUUCAUCGCCUGAGCAAGCAACUGUUCAUUCCUCUCAAUACAGCAGAUGCUGCCUGACCCACUGAGUUCCUCCAGCACUUUGUGUGUUUGAUUAUCACCAUCUGCAGAUUCUCUUGUACAUCAUAUGCCUGCGAACACAAAUACCAUUUCUGCUUAUCCCACGUGCAGUGACGUGCAGACUUGUUUGUUUAACCACAUGAUCCAUAGAAUUUUUUUAUUUAUGACGUUAUUACACUGAAUAUCAACAGUAGGUUUUUAUUUAAUCUAUUUUGUUGUUUGCUUCUUAAAGGAAGUUAUUACACAAAUAACUGUGAAAAUAAAUGUUAUGAAAUAAAUUGGUGAGAUGUAAUGGAACAAUAUACAUGAAGAUUAAUAAUUAAAGGCAAGCUAUUUACUCUGGCUCUGUUCAUUGUACAGGAGGCAUUCCUAUGUUAUAGCUACAAUUUUGUUAAAUAAAGCUUUGCUUGCA